CAACGUUCCUAUAACCAACCACCAAUCAUACCAUUCUAUUUAGAUUUAAUAUUGCACGUUUCUAUAUAUAUCUGACCUACAAGACCGAGGUUUUGCAUGAAGCAUGAGGAUCAUGUGGAAGUUUAUUAUGGUGUUUUAUUUUAUUGCUUUAGUAGGAUCAAGAGCAACCUCUGCGGCCAGGCUGACGAUAUGGAUGAUGGAUAAAGAAGAUGUGGGAAGAGUGUUUGAUUUGCAGAACAAGCUCCAACGAGGUCCAGUUCCUCCUUCACAACCUUCUCAAUGCCACCAUAGACUAAGCCCUCUUUCUCGUUCGGAGGUUUAUUAUCCCCAAUAUGUUAGAUGUCCUUGAUCAUUGCUCCUUCAUUGACCAU